CACCUCAGAGCUUAAACAUGAGCUCCUUUGUGACUCUUUCGACGGGGCAGAGAAUGCCCAUGGUCGGACUGGGCACAUGGAAGAGCGCUCCAGGACAGGUGAAGCAGGCUGUGCUGGCAGCUUUAGAUUGCGGUUACAGACACAUAGACUGUGCUGCUGUGUACAGUAAUGAACAGGAGGUGGGAGAAGCUCUAGCUGUCAGGGUCGGUCCGGGGAAGGCUCUGCGUCGUGAGGACAUGUUUGUCACAUCCAAACUGUGGAACACCAAACAUGACCCAGAGGAUGUGGAGGAGGCAUGCAGGACCAGUCUAACCCACCUGGGUCUGUCCUACCUGGACCUGUACCUUAUGCACUGGCCAAUGGCAUUUCAGAGAGGAAAGGAUUUGAUGCCUCGACGAGAAGACGGCAGUAUUUGUUACUCAGACACACACUACAGAGACACCUGGGCAGCCAUGGAGAGCCUGGUCGAUAAAGGUCUUGUCAGAGCUCUAGGACUGUCCAACUUUAAUGCCAGACAGACUGAUGACAUCAUCAGAGUGGCCAGACACAAACCUGUGGUGAACCAGGUGGAAUGCCAUCCUUACAUAUCUCAGGCAGAUCUCCUGUCUCACUGCCGGUCAGUGGGGGUUUGUGUGACAGCCUACAGUCCUCUGGGCAGCGGGGACAGACCCUGGGCUUCUCCUGAUGAACCAACCCUGCUGCAGGAUCUUCGACUGGGAGACAUCGCUCAGAGGUACCAGAAAACCCCUGCCCAGCUCAUUCUCAGGUGGCAUGUUCAGCGGGGCGUCGUGUGUAUCCCUAAAAGUGUGACACCCUCUAGGAUCCAGCAAAACCUGCAGGUGUUUGACUUUUCCCUGUCAGAGGAUGACAUGAAACUGAUGGAAUCCUUCAACCACAAUGAGCGCUUCAUCGUCCCAACAGUGGAGAGAGAUGGCAAGAGAGUGUGGAGAGAUGCCGAACAUCCUCACUUUCCCUUCAAUGAUGCUUACUGAGGCAACACACACACAAAAUGCAAAGCGAAGAUGAUCAUUACAUUGCUGAUUGAAUUAAGAUAAUAUCAACUUUUCAUUUUUUUGUCUAUGGGAUGAGUGGCAUUCAUUAUAUAAUGAUUGUAAGUGAUUCAGUAUAACAAACAUUUUUUUCACACUAACUUGUACAGAGUUUGUAGAGAAGACUUAAAGGGGAAUUCUCUAGUCCCUUCACUGCCACAGUGACACUCUGUGGUCAAUAACAGAACUGCAGCUGCAUGGGACGAUCAAAUGGUGGCUGAAUCUUUCAGAGAUUAAAUAUUUAUAUUUCAAGAGCAUACGCAAUGAAUCCCUGUUGCAGUAUUGUUCUCAGAGAUAAAGUUUCAAUUGUGAUUCUCUUGUCAAAAAUAAAUAACUCUUUCAGAAUCAGGAACAAUUAAGAUGUGCAUUUAUUGUGAUGGAGCCAGUAGGCGACUGUCUGCAUGCAAUCUGGCUUCUCUGUCCCUGAUAACUGUGAAUUUGCCAAAUAAAAAAAGAACACAUUUAGAUCUUCUGCAUCAUUUUAAAAUGUCAAGUUGAUUUGCUCUUGAUUAUCAGAAAGUGAAUCUAACACAGGAUACA